AUGGGUGCUUGCAUGAGCACAGAUGUCGACGAGUCGGAGCAGAAGAAGCGGAGUCAGAUGAUUGACAAGAAGUUGGAGGAGGACUCGAGACGACUCCGCCGAGAAUGCAAGAUUCUACUCUUGGGGUCCGGAGAGAGUGGGAAGUCGACCAUUGUGAAGCAGAUGAAGAUCAUCCACCAGAAUGGAUACACCGUGGACGAAUUGGCCCUCUAUCGCCUGACCAUAUACAAGAACCUCAUCGAUUGUGCGAAAGCUCUGAUCGGCGCAAUGCGGCAGUUUGGGAUUGAACCGACGACUCCGCUCAACUUCGAUUACAGCGACUACUUGUUGGAUUAUCACGUCGACCCGGAUCCGCAUACCCCUCUCAACGCAAAUGUUGGGAUAGCCGUGUCAUCCCUGUGGAAGGACGCAAGCAUAGACACCCUGCUGGAGAGGCAAAGCGAAUUCUACUUGAUGGAUUCCGCCCCGUAUUUCUUUGAGGAGGCCAAUAGGAUCUCGGCGCCGAACUACAUUCCCGUAGAGGCUGAUGUGCUACGAGCAAGAACGAAGACGACGGGUAUCUAUGAGACGAGAUUUACAAUGGGCUCCUUGAGUAUACACAUGUUUGAUGUGGGAGGGCAACGGAGUGAGAGGAAGAAAUGGAUUCAUUGCUUUGAAAAUGUCACAUCGAUCAUUUUCUGCGUCGCUCUGAGCGAGUACGAUCAAGUCCUGCUCGAGGAGAGUAACCAAAACCGCAUGAUGGAAAGUCUGGUCCUUUUUGACUCGGUCGUGAACUCGCGGUGGUUCAUGCGGACGAGUAUCAUUCUCUUCCUCAACAAGGUGGAUCUGUUCCGAACCAAGCUGGGGCGGUCGCCUCUGAGCAACUAUUUUCCAGACUACUCGGGCGGCAACGACAUCAACCGUGCCUCCAAGUAUCUGCUCUGGCGGUUCAACCAAGUGAACCGAGCUCAUUUGAAUCUAUACCCGCAUCUCACGCAAGCAACCGAUACCUCGAACAUCCGGCUCGUCUUUGCGGCAGUGAAAGAGACGAUUCUGCAGAACGCGCUAAAAGACUCGGGUAUCCUCUGA